AUGUCUUCGGUUUCGCCCCCGUCGUCGGAGAUUGCCCGCGUUCUUGGUUCUCGACGUGACGAUGGUGGUAGUGCAGAUGUGCCACAGCAGAGCGAUGAUCUUCCAACGAUUGUUCUCUCGGCUCUGUUUCCUGACACUCCUGCGCGCCGGACUGCCAUCAAUCGGUGGCAGAAGGGCAAGCAGAAGGUUCUCCUCCUGGUGGGGUCGCCUCGCUGCCUCCUCAACGGCGAUUAUCAUACGGAGACGCUGCACAUGAUCCAUGUUGUCCCCAGAACUCUGUGGCGAUCUCAUCCAAAGCUGUUUCUCCUUUUCCAAGACGCAGUAGGCAUUUGGAUCACGUCCCCGGACGGCACCCUGCGUAGGGUUCUCAAUCUGGAUUCUUCGUUCAAUCAAGACAUCAUGAAUUCCGCCCACCAUAACCUGUUCGACGGGAUCUCUGUCCUCAAUGGUUUGGGGCAGGGGAUUAUCUUCCUCAUUCCAGAGAACUUGAUUGAAUGUCUAGAGAUCAUUCGCGAUGGCCGCGGGCGACUCGACUUCAAGCAGAUGUUCCCUAACCGCACAUACACGUACCUGGCAUACGUGUUCAGCGACUCGAAGGCCGUUCCCAUCACUUGCUUCGGACCGCAGCAACGAACCUACGACCACCUCGACAGCCUCACCGCCGCCGACGUGGCGGCUCUUCAAAAUGAGGAGUGUGAGCCCACGGCGGACCCUGGCGUGGCUGCCUACGACGACGAUGUGCUCGCAGCGGCGAUCCAAGUAAUCAAACCAGCUGAGGUGCCGAAAAAAUGCCUGUCCGCCGCUCCUGGCAAGACCUCCCGAAAGCUCCCUCACACACACUGGCUUCCCGACCAUGGUCCCGUCAAGGUCGUCAGCCACACAAAGCCUAUCUUUUGGCUUUGGGACGCCGCGUACAAGCUUCGCCAACGGGUCGUCAAGAAGAAGCCACUCUCUCGCUCGGAGCGACAGCUAUACAACGACCUGUGGGCUGAGACGGGCGACUGGUUCGAAGCUCGUACUCCGGAGAAGCAGGCGCUCGUGGACGAAAAGAUACCCGAUAUCCUCUUUGGUGGCGGAACUCGGAUGUCAUCCCGCCUUCAUGGCGAGAUUCUGACUGAGCCGGCGCCCGCGCCAGCGCCUGUCGACAAGGCCAAGCCUCGUAAUGCGCACACUGCUGUCGACAUACCCGCCAAACCCGUCGCUCAGGCCCCUCCGACUCGCACGAACUCCCGCUACAACCUACGCUCGCUCGCCAAGGCUCAAGCUGCUUCCGAGUUGACUGACAAGCGCUCUGCUCCCUCUGUCUCUUCUGAGCCUGACCAGCCCAAGCGCAAGAAGAAGAAGACGGGCAAUGCUUGA